AUGUCGACCUCUGCACGCAACGCGGCGGAACUACCCGAAAUCAUGAGCUCAAUCCGACAUGUAGAGACUUAUAUGGAAGAAAAUCCAUUCUUAUGGCAACAGGCUGCGUCUCUCUGGACAGUCAAAGAAAUACUCUGGAAGUUGAAUGGUCAUCUUACUGAUCAUAUAGACCUUAAGAUCUUUCAAGAUAAGGAACACUUGGAGAAUUUCUUGGGUUGCUCUAGAACUAUCACUUCAGCGAUCGAAAGGUUCGGACUUGUGGCAAUUAAUGAAUUCAAGAGGAACCCAGAACUGCUAUCUAAGAUCGUAGCAUAUGUUGAAGACUCCAGUAUACAACAUGCUUCAAAUCCCGCAGGGUUGGGCAUUCGUCAAGAAGAGGACUCCAUUCUGGAUGACAAUCUAGGAACUACGGGCUCUCGAUCUAGCAUUGACCGAUCAGAAGAUUCCGACCAUGUUAUUACUCGGCACUCCGAUAAUCAACUGAGCCUUUUCCCGAAUACAAAUUUAGACGAGAAUCCACUCAAUGCGGAUGGAUCUUCGAUUGCGGACGAUGAAUCACACAGAGGUAAGGAUACUAUUUGUGCUAAGAAAAUGUCUACAGCGGAGCGUGAUGAAUCUUCUCAGCCAAAGAAGAAGAAGAAGAAUAAAUCCAAAAAGAAGAAGACUACAUUUGGAAAUUCCGCAGAAGAAGCAACUCUAACGACAAUAGAGACCAGUCAUCGUCCAACCUUGGUCCUUCCGAUGGCAAAAGACUAUUCAUCACCGGCCAGUUCCACGCUGGAUCGACUUAUGGCCCCAUCAGACGCUGGAAACAAUUGUUUAGAUCAAGUAGUGGUCACAACCUCAUUUUCUGAGAUGGAACAGGCAGUGUUGAAAUUCAAGGUGGACAAGGCUCCAGAAAAGCUGACAGCGACGCUGAUGGAAGACAUCAGGCAGUAUAUGAUCGAAGAUCUACGAUGUAUCAAGAGACUGGCAGAGUCAAAGCAGCAGUUGGUCGAAGACCUAAAAGCUGAGUGUCGCAAGGAUUUGGCGGAUCUCACAAAAAAAUACGAAGCAAUCAAGUUUGAAAACAAAAAUCUGAAGGCGGACCGCAACAAAGAGCUGGAGAAGCUUCGGAAAGAGAACUCAAUCUUGUGUGAGAAGUCAUCGACUCUUGACCAAGAAGUGACUGAACUGCGGGCGGAAAUUCAGUUGCUGAAAUCUAAAUCGGUAAAGGAAGAAUCGCGAUCACUACCGGAUGUUGUAGCUGGACAUGCGGAGGAGUUGGAAUUUAUAAUACGCAACCAGUGCCACAUUAUAGCUUACGAGAAGAUACCCAAGCCUUAUAAUAUAGUCAACAGAAGAGAGGAAGAAGAAGAUGAAGAUAAGCCUUCUACCAGGCUCGAAUUUGUGUUCAAGACCCUGCAAGGCAAAUCAUCCUGGGACAUCACGAAUUACCCAUACAUGUCAGAGGGUGCGAGGAAGCUGUGCAAGGUCAUGAAGAAGAUUCGAGUGAGCAAUGCCAUCCUUCGCACACGAUGUCAAUGGUAUUGGGAUCAGCUUCAUCAGGCAGCGGAAACUAAUAGAAAGAGCCUAGCGUCUUUGCUGGAAAUGGAGAAAUCCGCCAUCUUGUUCGAAGCAGAGACAUUUGAUCUCAAGGAUCGAAUAAGAGAGCUUGAGAAGUCUUUAAAUAUCAAGAAGCGUUCCCCUGGAGUUCGCGCUAUAAAUAGAGAAAAGGAAGUCAUGCAGAAGAAAUUCGACGUCCUAGAGUCGACGAUAAGCGAGCUUAAGGAUGAAGUAUACAGUUUGACGCAAGAUAAUAGCAAGCUUCUUGAAAGAAAAGAAGCACUACUUAGGAACUCAGCGACAGGAGAAUUGCGCCAAACUGCCAAGAUCGAAGAAGCUCUUUGUGAAGAGCAAUCAAAGACCAAGCGGUUCAGUUCCAGGAUACAUGAGCUACAAGAAAAAGUCGAAGUGCUUGAGGAGGAGCGUGCCGUACUAGAGCCCCUUAUCGAGGUCGGAGUGGCAGUCAGAAAAAGGUUUUUUGAGCAAGCUAAAUAUACAGUCCCAUCGGAUGAGAUACCCAAUCGUCCCGAUUACAAGAUUAUUAAAGAGGGAAACGAUCGCUGCCACCGAGCAUAUUGCUUGACUGACGCAGCGCUUUUCAAACUUUUCUAUCUAUCAGGUUCCACCAAUGAAGCUCUUUACAGCAAUAUCUACAGUGUUGAUUCACACGCAAAUGCCAUGAAAUACCCCUACAAGUUACGCCAGGCAAUAGACAGUAAAGCUAGUAUCCAAACUGUUCAAGCCAUCAAUGAUAGUAACACUUCUCAAGAGCUUCGCACAGAAGCAGAGCAAUUUUUUUCUUCUAUUAUUGAUUGUUGGAACGCAAAUCCCCAAGAAGAUGUAUUCGAUGCAAAUGAGGAGGUAACAGGCUGGCUAUCUCAAUUAAAAGAUCUUGAGGAAGACAUUGUAAGGAUUGAUAGAAGCAUUGGGUAUCGUGGCAAUGUCGAGGAUACUACUGAUGAAAGAGGAGCGAGUCAUACGAGGGGCUUGGGUUGGGACGUUGGAGAGCCUAGUGACUGGGCUGCUGUAGAGCCUGGUGAUAUGGCAGGCUCUAGCGACUGGGCUGUGAAAAGCGCUUAUGAUUGGACAGCAACUACUUAUUCCUAG